GUAGCUAUUGCCAUGGCAUAUUCAGAUUUUGCAUUGGAAUUGUUUUUUGUUUCAACACAUUUUUGUUUGUUUUGACCAAUUCGAUAUUGAAUUUCAAAUAGUACAGCACAUAAUCCCAACGUUUUGCCCUUGAGCCUUUGUCAAUGACGUGCAGGAUAAUUGACAUUAUUGGGAAAGGACAAACUCAGAGGCUUGACUGAAACCAUCGGUUGAUGUGUUGAGGGAGAAUGGUGGAGGUGAGGAAGAUCUGUUGUAUUGGGGCUGGCUACGUCGGCGGUCCCACCUGCAGUGUGAUCGCCCAGAUGUGCCCUGAGGUGACGGUUACCGUGGUGGACGUGAACGAGGACCGCAUCCGUGCCUGGAAUUCUGAUAGCCUUCCCAUCUUUGAGCCUGGACUCCAGGAAGUGGUGGACUCAUGCCGCGGGGUCAACCUUUUCUUCUCCACAGACAUUGAUGAGGCCAUAAAAAAUGCAGACCUCGUUUUCAUAUCUGUCAAUACGCCUACCAAGACAUUUGGGAUUGGCAAGGGUCGAGCAGCGGACCUGAAGUACAUAGAAGCAUGUGCCCGGCGCAUUGCUAAUGUGUCCAUCGGGUGUAAGAUUGUUGUAGAGAAAAGCACAGUUCCUGUACGUGCUGCUGAGAGCAUCCGCCGCAUCUUCAACGCCAACACCAAAAGUAGCUUCAACUUUCAGGUCCUCUCAAACCCAGAGUUUCUUGCUGAGGGAACAGCCAUCGCUGAUCUGAAGAAUCCAGACAGGGUAUUGAUUGGAGGGGAUGAGACCCCUGAGGGCCAACAUGCUAUUGAGGCCCUGCGGAGCAUCUAUGAGCACUGGGUCCCCAAAAGCAAGAUUAUCACCACCAACACCUGGUCCUCUGAGCUCUCCAAGCUGGCAGCCAAUGCCUUUCUGGCCCAACGUAUCAGUAGCAUCAACUCCAUCAGUGCCCUGUGCGAGGUAACUGGUGCUGAUGUAGAGGAGGUGGCUCAUGCCAUCGGGACAGACCAGAGAAUAGGCAGUUGCUUCCUGAAGGCCAGCGUGGGAUUUGGUGGCAGCUGUUUCCAGAAGGAUGUCCUCAAUCUUGUGUACCUAUGCGAGGUGCUAAACCUACCAGAGGUUGCAAGAUACUGGCAACAGGUUAUAGAGAUAAACGAUUACCAGCGAAAACGAUUCUCUUCGCGGAUAAUCAGCUGCCUCUUCAACACAGUGACGGACAAGAAGAUAGCCUUGCUAGGAUUCGCUUUCAAGAAAAACACAGGCGAUACAAGGGAAUCCUCUAGUAUCUACAUCAGUCGAUACCUGCUGGAGGAGGGAGCCUGUCUACACAUCUAUGACCCCAAGGUUAAAGCGCAGCAGAUCAUGCACGACCUGAUUCAGCCCACACCCUCAGAAAGACAUGACCCCGCCACAGUUUCUCGUCUAGUCACAAUCGUCACUGACCCAUACAAGGCUUGUGAGAACGCCCAUGCAAUUGUCAUCUGCACAGAGUGGGAUAUGUUUACGGAGCUGGACUAUGAGAAGAUCUAUAAAGCCAUGCUGAAACCUGCCUUCAUCUUUGACGGUAGAAGGAUCUUGGACAGCUUGCACGACCAACUCCAGCAUAUCGGCUUCCAGGUGGAGACUAUUGGGAAAAGAGUUAACCAGAGGAUCCACUUCACUGCCAUCGAGGACAAGUCAGAAAUAGACCAACAGCAACCAUUGAAGAAGAUCAAACUAUGAAGUGUGCUUAUGGGACAGGAGCGACAGAGCCAGCUCAGUGCAGUAAUAUAUUAAACCAAGUUAUCAUUUUUUAUGUAAUAUUUCAUUAGUGGGAUGGCUAGGCGGUAUACCGUAUUUUACUAUAUACACCCCAGUAUUGAUGCACGGACCGGUUUGGGUUUUUUCUUUACCUUCUAACGGUGUUUCAAAGUUUUGGUUUGUUAAAUGUGGGCCAUCGCUCUCCCUCUCCUCCUGCAUGCCGCCAGAGAGGAAGAGGUGAAGCGAGAGGUUUUACUUGUUCAUUUGCUACGUGAGGAUUAUUUGAUUGAAUAGAAGUUUCGUAUUGGUUAGGUUGUUAUGAAUGCACUGAUAUAAGUGGACGCACGUUGCAUUUUGGAAACGUUUUAGCAUGGACAGAGCAAACUUAGCUAGCUAAUACAGACUGAUACCAGUGCUGAUGUAGGCCUAGAUUAGCAUGUUGUUUGUGCAACAGUAUCUUCUAAAGCAGAGGAAUAGGCAAAGCAUGAAUAUUUUAGCGUGCGCUAGCUAGCUACAUAGAGUAAGAGAAAACAUGUAAUGUAGCAUCUAAUUAGGGUCCCUUGGGAAACGCUCACAAAAAUUCCUCCAUGGCUUUUUCAUUCGUUGUCAUGUAAAAUGACAAUGUAUUAAAAAUGCUGCCCACUAUAUUCCUAAAAUAUAAUUAUAGAAUCAUUAAUUUUCGAUAAUUUGAACAGUUCAACAGUUUAUUAGUCCUAGAUUUUUUUCCCCCAUAUCAUGAGGGAGGGUGGGGGGUGGAGAAAGCCCCAAUGAAAUCACAUAUAAUUUAUGUUUUGUCACCCUAGGGUCAUAAACUACUCAUAAAGCAUAAUUAGGAUGAAUGUUUAUGUUUAAAGAAUGUUUAUAUAUAAAAAAUAAUAAAUACCUUCAAAUACUGUAAAGAAUAAAUAAAUAUUGUGAUAUUACUUUUUGGCCAUUUCGCCCAGCCCUUAAUUAGUCAUUUCAGCACCCUCAUCAACUUGAUAUGGUGACUUGAAACAAAUAAAUUAUGUCAGCUACAAUGAAAGAAGCCUGGGGGAAUGCUUCGAAGUUAGGGUUGAGGACCUUGUUUGUCAGCAACAUGUGGUAACAAUACCCCUCCAACCUCAUUUAUUUGUUUUGUGCAUUUUGGAUAACUACCAGGGUUUGGAUGUUUAACUUACACAAGGGGGAAAACAACUUCAUUACAUUUCAGAUGUUUCUAUAUUUUCCCUUUUUUAAGUAUAUUUGCCCCAAAUGAUUAAUGGAUGAAAGCAUUUUUGGAUGACUGAUUCCAUUCCUCUUUUAGUUUCUAUUAAUUUCUAAGCAAUUUUUAUGAAAUCAAAUCAAAUUUUAUUGGUCACAUAUUUGUUUAGCAGAUGUUAUUGCGGGUGUAGCGAAACGCUUGUGUUUCUAGCUCCAACAGUUCAGUAAUAU